AGCAGCAGCAGCUCCGUUAAUUAUAUUUUGAAAAAGGUAAAAAGAGUUGAAUCAGAAUUCAUAUGUUGAGAAAAUUCCCUCUCCUUUAAGAUAAGAGUUUGAGUUUGGGGAUAUCACUCUUUCUCUUUCUAGCUUCUACACUUUUUCGCUUCUCUUCUCUUCUCUUCCAUACCCCAAUGCGUGUUCUCUUUCUAUUUCUGUUUUUCCAUCUUCAUCAAACCCUUUCGCUGCCAUUCUCAGAGUACAAUGCCCUUCGCUCUAUUCGUUCAGCCAUCACCGAUGCCACUCCACCAGUUCUCUCUUCCUGGAAUGCCUCCACCUCUUACUGUUCCUGGCUCGGCGUCACAUGCGAUUCGCACCGCCACGUCGUCGCUCUCAACCUCACCGGACUCCACCUCUCCGGGACUCUCUCCGCCGACAUAGCUCACCUCCCAUUCCUCUCCAAUCUCUCGCUCGCCGAAAAUAAGUUCUCCGGCCCCAUCCCUCCGGCUCUCUCCUCCCUCUCUGCCCUCCGCCUCCUCAACCUCUCCAACAAUGGCUUUAACCAAACUUUUCCCUCGGAGCUCUCGCGCCUCCAGACCCUCGAGGUCCUCGACCUCUACAACAACAACAUGACCGGCGCACUCCCUCUGGCCGUCGCGCAGAUGCUUAACCUCCGCCACUUGCAUCUCGGCGGGAACUUCUUCUCCGGCCGGAUCCCUCCGGAGUACGGACAGUGGCCGCUCCUCGAGUACCUUGCUGUCUCCGGCAACGAGCUCGGCGGGAAAAUACCGCCGGAGAUCGGGAACCUGACCAGCCUUCGGGAGCUCUACCUCGGCUACUACAACACCUACGUGGACAGCAUUCCGCCGGAGAUCGGGAACUUGUCAGAGUUGGUGAGGCUGGACGCCGCGUACUGUGGUUUGUCUGGCGAGAUUACACCGGCGCUGGGUAAGCUGCAGAAGCUGGACACGCUGUUCCUUCAGGUGAAUGCGCUAACAGGGCCUCUGGCGCCGGAGCUGGGGAACCUGAAGAGCCUGAAAUCGAUGGAUUUGUCUAACAACAUGCUCUCUGGCGAGAUUCCGGCGAGUUUCAGCGAGCUCAAGAAUAUUACGCUGCUGAACCUGUUCAGGAACAAGCUUCAUGGAGCAAUACCGGAGUUUAUAGGGGACCUUCCGUCACUGGAAGUGGUGCAACUGUGGGAAAACAACUUCACAGGUAGCAUUCCUGACGGUUUAGGCAAGAACGGGAGACUGAACGUUGUUGAUCUUUCUUCUAACAAAUUAACCGGGACUUUGCCUCCUUAUCUCUGUUCUGGGAACACCCUUCGGACUUUGAUAACUCUCGAGAAUUUCUUGUUCGGUCCAAUACCGGAAUCGCUUGGGAGUUGUGAAUCCCUUCUUCGGAUUCGAAUGGGAGAGAACUUUCUAAAUGGGUCCAUUCCGAAAGGGCUUUUUGGACUUCCCAAACUGACCCAGGUUGAGCUUCAGGAUAAUUAUCUAUCCGGAGAGUUUCCGGAGGCGGGCUCUGUAGCUGUUAAUCUUGGUCAGAUAACUCUCUCCAACAAUCAGCUUUCUGGGUCUUUGCCUCCUUCUAUUGGCAACUUCUCCGGCGUGCAGAAGCUCCUUCUUGACGGUAACAUGUUUUCUGGUCGGAUACCUCCUCAGAUUGGGAAGUUGCAACAGCUCUCAAAGAUUGAUUUUAGUGGCAACAAGUUCUCGGGUCCUAUUUCACCUGAGAUCAGUCAGUGUAAGUUGUUGACUUUUCUGGACCUUAGCCGCAAUGAGCUUUCCGGAGAGAUCCCAAAUGAGAUUACUGGAAUGAGGAUCUUGAAUUACCUUAAUCUCUCAAGUAAUCAUUUAGUGGGUAGCAUUCCCUCUUCAAUAUCCUCGAUGCAAAGCUUAACUUCUGUUGAUUUUUCGUACAACAAUCUGUCUGGUUUGGUGCCUGGUACCGGUCAGUUCAGCUACUUCAACUACACGUCUUUCCUGGGAAACCCUGACCUCUGUGGUCCCUAUUUAGGUGCUUGCAAGGAUGGGGUUGCCAAUGGUGCACAUCAACCUCAUGCCAAAGGACUCUCGUCUUCCUUGAAGCUUCUACUUGUUGUCGGUUUGCUUUUAUGUUCCAUUGCUUUUGCUGUGGCGGCAAUAUUUAAGGCUCGAUCACUGAAGAAGGCCAGUGAGGCUCGUACAUGGAAGUUGACUGCAUUCCAACGUUUGGACUUCACUGUUGAUGAUGUUUUGCAUUGCUUGAAGGAGGAUAAUAUUAUAGGCAAAGGAGGUGCAGGCAUUGUCUACAAAGGGGCUAUGCCUAACGGGGAUCAUGUUGCCGUGAAAAGGCUUCCCGCUAUGAGUAGAGGCUCUUCCCACGACCACGGGUUCAAUGCGGAGAUUCAGACACUUGGUCGAAUCCGACACAGGCACAUUGUUAGACUGCUGGGUUUCUGUUCAAAUCACGAGACUAACCUUUUGGUCUAUGAGUACAUGCCCAAUGGAAGCUUGGGUGAGGUUCUUCAUGGAAAGAAGGGAGGUCAUUUGUAUUGGGACAUAAGGUAUAAAAUUGCCGUGGAAGCUGCCAAAGGGCUUUGCUAUCUGCACCAUGAUUGUUCUCCGCUCAUUGUUCACCGUGAUGUGAAGUCAAACAACAUCCUUCUUGAUUCUAAUCAUGAAGCCCAUGUUGCUGAUUUUGGGCUAGCCAAGUUCCUGCAAGAUUCUGGAACAUCUGAAUGCAUGUCUGCUAUUGCUGGUUCAUAUGGAUACAUAGCUCCGGAGUAUGCCUACACAUUGAAAGUUGAUGAGAAAAGCGACGUGUACAGUUUUGGCGUGGUUCUUUUAGAACUUGUAACUGGCAGGAAACCUGUUGGGGAAUUUGGUGACGGUGUAGACAUUGUGCAAUGGACAAGGAAAAUGACGGACUCUAGCAAGGAAGAAGUUCUUAAAGUUCUUGAUCCUAGGCUUUCCUCGGUUCCCCUCCACGAAGUGAUGCAUGUUUUCUAUGUAGCCAUGUUAUGUGUUGAAGAACAGGCUGUAGAGAGACCAACUAUGCGUGAAGUAGUCCAAAUGCUAACAGAGCUUCCAAAGCCACCUGGUUCUAAACAGGAGGACUUAACAGAAUCCUCUCUGACAUCAUCCAAUGCUUUAGAAUCUCCAUCCACAGCCUCUAAAGAUCAUCAGAAUCCUUCUCAAUCUCCACCAGCCGAUCUUCUUAGCAUCUGAAAUUAUAUUUAGUGUUUAAUUAUAGUUCCCUUGGUUUGUGAUAGCUUAUUCGUUUACUUUCUGUUAGUGUCUGGGUUUUUUAAAGGUUUUUGUACAGUAGGAUUGGUGGGGGUAUUUUCUUAUAAAGUCAUUGUCCUCAUCAUGCAGUACUGCUUUUAAUCUUUGUUACAGCCGUCGUUGUGCUGGCGUACGCUGGGGAGGGUUCAAGGGAUUACCCUGUUCAUUGAGGGGAUCAAUAAUAGGGAGUGUGAAAGGGACACAACGAUGCAAACUGGUUGGGGUAUUGAAACAGUGGUGAAUCCUGAGAGAAUUGCCUCAGUAUGAAUUGUGAGCCUGAGCUGUGACUGUGAGUCUAUCAAUCAGGUUUUGGAUUAGCUUAUUUGAAGAAGUUAACAUGUUUCGAGAAAAUCGGAGUGAAUCAUAAUACGUGUUUUAGCUUUA